GAAACUGUGUCUCUCAACAGAUUACUUGUCUUUCGGCAUUACUUCGCUCUCUGAGCUCUCUGUGAUUUUGCCACAACUUGCUCUUGAUUCUCAGAAAGUGCGAUUUGAGGUGUAGUUGCUGAAAGAGACAUUUCUUCGCGCAGUGAUCCAGAGUUCGCAAAGUGUGUUUUCAAGGGGAUUUUUUCUCAUUAUUCUGCUGCAAGGUGGUACAGAGAUUGAGACAUGAAUACUCCAAAGGCGCCCGGAAAGUCGGAGAUGAACGAAUACUACAAAGGCCAGAGCAUCUUCAUCACGGGCGGCUCGGGCUUCAUGGGCAAGGUGCUGGUGGAGAAGCUGCUCUAUUCCUGCUCAGACAUCAAGGAGAUCUUCAUCCUGAUGCGCCCGAAGCGCGGACGUGUUCCGGAGUCUCGUCUUGAGGACAUGUUCAAGCUUCCCAUGUUUCAGCGGAUUCGCGAGGAGAAGCCGGAAGUGCUGAAGAAGCUGGUGCCAGUUCAGGGCGACGUCACCUUCGACGGCCUGGGCCUGAGUGGCGACACUCUCGAGAGAGUGGUGAAGAACACCUCCAUCGUCUUCCACAUGGCGGCCACGCUGCGACUGGAGGCGAAGCUGAAGGAUGCCAUCGACAUGAACACCACGGGCACGAAGAGAGUGCUGGAUCUGUGCCGCAAGAUGAGCAAUCUCAGAGUCAUCGUGCACCUGUCCACGGCCUUCUGCUACUGCGACAAGGAGGUCCUGCACGAGAAGGUGUACGAGUGCCCGCACAAUCCGCACGACCUGAUGCGCUGCGCCGAGUGGAUGGACGAGAAGAUGAUGGACAACAUCACGCCGAACCUCAUCACGCCACAUCCCAACACUUACACCUAUUCCAAGCGCCUCGCGGAGAUUCUCGUGCGCAAUGAGUACCCGAAUUUACCUGUCGUCAUCGCCAGGCCGAGCAUCGUCAUCCCGGCCAACGAGGAGCCUCUGCCCGGUUGGGUGGACAGUCUCAAUGGGCCCAUUGGGCUGAUGAUCGGCGGCGCGAAGGGAGUCAUCAGGUCCAUGCUGUGCAACGGAGAGUAUCGCGCAGAAGUCAUUCCCGUGGACAUUGCCAUCAAUGGUCUGCUCACGAUCGCCUACACCGAAGGACAGGCCGCCUUCAAGCGGAAAGACAUCCCAGUGUACAAUAUCACGUGCACAGAAGGGAAGAAGGUGACUUGGGGCGAAGUUCUGGAGUUGGGCAAGAAAGUGGCCUACGAGUAUCCAUUCGAGGCGGGCGUUUGGUAUCCCAAUGGCACGAUAACGACCAACAAGAUCGUCCACACACUCUCUGUCAUCCUCUUCCACUGGAUUCCCGCGUACCUCAUUGACUUCCUCAUGUUCUUGUUCGGACAGAAGAGAUUCAUGGUGAGAGUUCAGACUAGAAUUUCGGACGGCCUGGAAGUUCUGCAAUUCUUCACGACGCGGAAAUGGGAUUUCCGAUCGGAAAACUUUCAGGGAUUGCCAGGCAAAUUGAAUGCACUGGAUGAAAGGACAUUUACAAUGGAUAUGGAUACUGUGGAGAACGUUGAAUACCUCAAGAAAGUCAUUUUGGGCGGUCGUCAGUAUUGCUUGAAGGAACCUCUAACGUCUCUGCCAAAGGCCAGAAUGCAAUUGAAAGCAUUGUACGUGCUGGAUUUGACGACGAAGAUCGUUCUCGGUGGAUUACUGCUCUGGAAGCUGCUUUCUGUACUGAAUCUCAUUGAGCCACUCUUUAGUCUGUUCGAGAAGAAAGAAAUCUCAAUUCUAGCCGAUUAGAGGACACAACAAAGUCAUAAUAACCAGAUUAUAAAAUCGUUGAAAAAGAUCGCGUGGAAAAGUGUGGUGAAUCAUUUGGUCAAGCAUUGGCAUGUGAGAAUAAACAUUCUUCUUUCUAUUUGGUAUUACUGGUUUAAACUAUGAUAAUGCAAAGUAAUGGCGCAAAUAACACGUCUCAAGAGACGAAAAAUAGAUUAAUAGGUUUGAAUAAAACUUUUUAUGCUCCUAA